AUGGUAUUUCGCGAAAAACCCAAACAGCCAACCAUAAAACCGGAAACUGACUUACAAAAACCUUACAAAAACAACAGCUCUCUUGGUACGAUGAUCUACAGCAACAGAUCCGAUAAUUCUACCAACAACUCUACAUCCUCGCCUUUGGCUUAUUCUUUCCUUUUGCGGAUAGCCUUCGGCAUAAUUGCACUGACGGCGUUUGCGAGCAACGCUCUUCUAUGUGUGGUAAUAAUGAGAAAUGGUAAGAUGCUCAGGUCAGCUUACAAUCUGCUUAUAUUCAGCUUGGCUAUUACUGACUGGCUGACAGGAAUAUUUCUUGCGGUAACACCCAAUUACCUCAUCGCCCUCGACUCGUACCAGGCUCCACCUGGCAAGUUGGGUGUGAUCUUCUGUAAGAUCAUUGGUUCCCAGUAUUUUGUCUUCCUCCUAGGCAAGAUUUCUGUUUUCUCAGUUACAAGCCUUGCCUUGGAGAGGUGGUACUCUGUGGUCAAACCUAUAAAAUACAAGUUAGCAUUUAAGAAACGACGAGUCCUUAUCUACCUUGGUAUCAUAUGGUUCAUUUGUCUGCUAUCACAUGUUUUUCUCCCAUUUGGAAUGACCCUCGACAAAGACAAACUCAGGUGCAUUUGGGUUAGCACUGACUAUCCCCAAAAGUUCUUAGCAAUCACAUACACAAUUGUGACAUUUUUCAUCCCAACCACAGUAACGUGGGUUACGUAUUUACAUAUAUCUCUGUCGUCAAGGAGUUUUCCAGGAAGACACAACAAACGCGUCAGUCGUACUCGAUUCAAGCUUCUACGCAUGUGCAUCAUAGUAGCGUUAUUGUUAACUCUCUGUUGGUUUCCAAACCAGCUUUACUUCGCUUUAUCAACGUUUGAAUUCGUAAAGCUUGAGACACCUUUUCACCACUUUACAAUAGUCUUAGCCAUGUUCAAUUCAUCAAUCAAUCCAAUAGUCUAUUGCUAUACCAAUCAACAAUAUAGAAGAGGCUUUAAGUCUAUAUUGUGUCCCCUUUUUAAUUGUUUCCUGUGGAAAAGAAAACGUAGUUUUACUUUAACUCACGAUCAAGGAUUGCGGUCGCAGGAGGGGGACAGAAAUAAUCAAGCGGAGGUUUUUGACGGUGGAGUUUUGCUGGGGUUUCAUUAUGUUAACUACGGAUGUGAGCUGCAGCUGCAAGAGUCUAGAUAA